AUGAGCGUUAUUUAAUGGUAGAAACUUUUGGACAUAUUCCUUUUGAGAAAUAUGAACUAAAACUUUACUGAGCAAGAGUUUUAGAAAGAAAGAGAAAAAUAGCAGCCUAAAUUAAUGAUGCUCUACUAUUACAUCAUCCAAAUAGUAGUUGGUACAAUGCAUGCAGUAAACAUAUGCCUUGGCUAGGACAUAGUUUUAUAUGGAUUGAGCUUCCUAUUUUGCUUUGGGAUGAUGUAUGGUUGGAAGUAUAUUCUAAUUCAUAAAACUCACAUUGCAAAUAUUGUCGAAGUUUACAUUGUACAUACUAUUGGAGUCUUCAUUGUGGUAUUUCAUAUUUAUAUGGUCAACUCUAAAAUUCUAUAUCACAGUCCUGCUAUCUACCUUUAGAGAACUUACAAUGUCCUCUGUCUGAUCAACUCAAGUCUAGGCUGGUUCCCAAAAACACUAUCAUUUAUGAUUAAUACAAGUCUCUACAAGAUCUUACUGGUGUAUAUUUAUGGAGUAGAUGGAAUGAACGCUUAGAAGCAGUAAUUGCCUCUCUAUGUGAUUUUCUAUACAAUGCUUGUUGGAUUAGCAUUAAGAAGGCAGGAGUAGCUGUACCGUGAGGAAAUGAACUCAAAGAAAAUGGAAUCUUAUCAAAAGGACAAGUUGGUAAAAGUUCUCUAAUUGAUUCAAGAUGGUGUACUUAUCAUUAACAACUAAAAUGAGUAAUCAGCCUCAAAGUACAACUAAUUUAAUCAAACGAUUUCCUAGUCUUAAGAUAGAGGAAAUUGCUUAUCAAAAUUGUUUGAAGGCAUGCAAUUUCGGUUUGAAUUUUGCUUCAACGUAAAUUAAGUAAUAUCUUUCACAGAAUUACUAAAAUUAGUGAGAGAAAACAAUGACUAUAGCAAAGAUUUCUUUUUCAAAAUAGAACCAAUAAAUGAAUCACUUUAGAUAAAUGUCAAUCAUCUCGAAUAAGAGGGGCAAUUACUAAUUGUUUUCAAAGAGAUAUCUGCCUACAAAAAGUUGCAAAAGACUAAGCACAGAGAAAAAUUUACUAAUAUCUUCAUUAACUCAACAGCUCAUAAUAUCUUUACACCCAUCAAUGGACUGAUUGGUAUAAUGUAACUUAUCUAAUAAGAAACUAGUCACAUGGACUCAGUGGUAUCCUACAUUACUCUUAUGAAGAGUUGCAUUUUCAAUUUAUUCUACACUACACAAAACAUUCUUGAGCAUUCAAAGAUCAGACUCAAAAAAUUUGUUCCAGAGCUUAAGUCUGAAAACGUAGCAGAAAUUAUUAAUAAAUAAUUGGAUAUAUUCUAAUAAGAUGCCUCUUAGAAACGAAUUAUAAUUGAACGUGAUAUUCAAAUAAACAAUGAUAAAAUGCAUUUGGAUUAGUAAAGAGUAAACUUGAUUUUAUUUAACUUACUCUCAAACGCAAUUAAAUUUUCAGAAAAUGGAAAAAUUAAAGUUGAAUCGUAGGUUUACUCCAAGGAACAGCUUAUAAAAAAGUUUAAGGAUAUUGCUCAAAUCUAGUAAAAAUAAAUUAAGGAAUUAUAUGAAAGUCAGUGUGACUACUUACUGUAUAUUAGUGUCGAAGAUACUGGACAAGGCAUUAUAUAUGAGAACCAAGAUGAUCUAUUUAAUCUAUUCAGAAAACUAAGAAUUUCAGCAGAUAACAUUAACCAAAAUGGAUUAGGUCUUGGAUUAUCAGUAUCCAGUAGCAUCUGUGAUCAUCUUCAAGGGAAACUUCAAAUCGAGUGGACCAAGAAGAAGAAGGGAACAAGAAUUUCUUUUUAUCUUCCUGCAUUGUAUUGCCUUGAGGAUGAUAACCUAAUAUCUGCGAACAGAACAUUCCUUCAAUUUAUAGAUGAUUUUAACUAGGUAUAAUCCUAGGAUGAACAUGAAAUUCUUAUCACAGAGACAAUUACAGAAAAUUAUCAUUAUGAGGAGAUGUAAAAUAAGAGAAGUUUAUUAGAAAACAGCCAAAGCUUGUUUCAAGCAACUAAAAAUCUACAAUUUUAAACAACAUUCACUCCGAGAAUAGUUAAAUAACCAUUACAGCAGCACAAUCUUUUAAAUCCUACCUUUAGAUCUCAAGAAAAUUAUUCUUUACUGCAUUAUUAGAUCACUACUGAACUUGAUUUGGACUAUCCUGAAAUACUGAUCGUAGAUGAUACUGUAUUUAAUGUUGAAAUCAUCAGCAUGAUACUUGAAAAGAAUUUUUAGCUUUCAUGCGACAAAGCGUACAGUUCAAAGUAAGCACUUUGA